CCUGCAGCAGCUACAAGAGGACCGGUUUUCAAAGACGCGCGAACUUACCGGACGCGGCGGAUAAAAAAGCCCCGGCAGAGGUUUUCAGUGCCAUAUUCGCCUCGGUGUUCAGGAGAAGAGAGGGAAUUUAAGUCAGAUGAGCCACAACAAAGCAUUCGUCAGCCACUGCAGAUGGACACAUUGAAGAUAUAAAGGACACACGUGUUAGACCAUCCUCUCCCUGGAUAUUCGUGAGCUCCAAAGCGCGCGAUACACAGAAGCCACAACGAUGGAUGUGGCGGCUGAUCAGCCCCGCUGGAUGCAUCACCACGCCAUGCUGAACGGGCAGCACCCGGACUCUCAUCACCACGGCCUGGGACACAACUACAUGGAGCCCACGGCGCAGCUCCUGCCUCCGGAUGAAGUGGAUGUUUUCUUUAACCACCUGGACUCACAGGGAAACCCGUACUACCACAACUCUGCGAGGGCCAGAGUGUCCUACAGCCAAGCGCAUGCUCGACUGACGGGGACUCAUCUCAUCCACAGCCCGGGGAUUUCAUGGCUGGACGGAGGGAAAGCCGCGCUGUCUGCUCACCACCACAACGCCUGGUCCGUCAGCCCCUUCAGCAAGCCCAGCCUCCACCACCCCGGCUCCGCGUCCCCCGGCGGCCUCUCUGCAGUCUACCCGUGCAGCAGCAACUCAAACACGGUCUCUGCUUCCUCGUUAACGCCGCCGUCCCACUCCAGCCCGCAUCUGUACACUUUCCCCCCGACACCACCCAAGGACGUAUCACCGGACCCGGGGGCCGCGUCUCCCUCCGCCUCCAGAAUGGACGAGAAGGAAUCAAUCAAAUACCAUGUGUCGUUAUCCGAGGGGAUGAAGCUGGAGGACUCCUGUCCGCUGAGGAGCAGUCUGGCCUCCAUGAGCGCGCAGACCCCCUCCACCCAUCAUCCCAUACCGACGUACCCCUACUCUCUCCCGGCCGCACACGAGUACGGCGGCAGUCUGUUCCACCCCGGCAGCCUGCUCGGGGCUUCAUCCAGCUUCAGCUGCAGGAACAAAGGCAAGACACGGUCCUGCAUCGAGGGCCGUGAGUGUGUAAACUGCGGAGCCACCUCUACACCUCUGUGGAGACGUGACAGCACCGGACACUACCUGUGCAACGCCUGUGGGCUGUACCACAAGAUGAACGGCCAGAACAGACCACUCAUCAAACCCAAACGCAGGCUGUCUGCUGCCAGACGAGCAGGCACCUGUUGUGCUAACUGUCAGACGACAACCACCACACUCUGGCGGCGCAAUGCAAAUGGAGACCCAGUGUGCAACGCCUGCGGACUCUACUAUAAACUGCAUAACGUGAACCGGCCUAUGACCAUGAAAAAGGAGGGAAUACAGACCCGCAACCGAAAAAUGUCCAGCAAAUCCAAGAAGAACAGGCGGGGCUGCGACAGCUACGAGGAGUUUUCCAAAAGCCUGCACGAGAAGAGCUCUCCUUUUUGCUCUCUGGCCGGACACAUGUCCAUGGGCCACUUGCCGCCUUUCGGCCACACUGGACACAUGCUUCCAACGCCCACCCCGAUACACCCCUCCUUUGGUCACCCGCACCAUUCUAACAUGGUGACGGCCAUGGGCUGAGAUGGCGAGGAGAGGAGUUAAAAUAACGCUGGCUGAACCUGAGAGAGUUGAGUGAAUGGGGAUGAGGGUCUCAUAGAGGACAGUGUGUGCAAUGUUACAGACAUGCAGUUUGCGUGUCUUCAUCUUGAUUAUCUCUUGAUUGAUUAUGCCGUUGGUAUGUUGGAGAACAGAUGUAUCAUGGGAGAAAAUGAUGUUUGUACUCCUUAUCUAUAGGUACCUAUUUUGAUGUAGGAAGUCAGAGAGGGAUAUUCUGCUUCCCGCCGGCCAGGCACCAACAUGUAAACACAAAAAACGUCAUUGCACCUCAUCGUUUUGUCCCAGCUGGCAGCCUGACGGACUGCAGUGUGGCUCAGUGUGUGCCGAACAGGUUUAUAGUAACUGUGAAUAUUGUAAAUGUGUGAGACCGAAGGGGACGUCCCCGGCAAAGGAGAUCACCUUCGCAACAUCAAAUGAAAAUAUGCUGGAUCUUUUUGCUUAUGGACAAUUUUAAAGGAAUUUUCACAAAAGAAAGAAACCAAACAAAAAAGGUUUAUGAUUCCUAAUUUGACACUGUUUAUUAUAAUUAUUGUUAUUAUAAUUAUUAUUGUUAUUCAGAUAAUUUAUUUUCACUGCCUUUUUUCUUUUACCAUAUCACCUGAAUCAUAAUAUGGAUACUGUUUACCCAUUUAUGAAUAUAUUUUUAGCUGAAGCGCUAUCUUUGAGCUGGUCAACAUUUAUACUCGUAAGAAAUAAAGAUAUCAAGUUCAUUA